GGAAAUGUGUACUUCCAGAUGUUGUUUUUGUCCUGGGAUCAGAAGUUCACUUUCAGAAACAUUUGUGUCUAGUCAGUCAUCAUGUCUUUUGGGGAUAAUACUCUGCUUCUUGUGAUUAACACGUCAUUUAGUUUUUUAAGACAGAUGAAAACCUCAGUGAUUCCAACAGUGUGGUGCUGGCAGGUGAAUGAAAGGGUGGACAGCUGAUGCAGAAUAGAAGAGCCGGAAAGCAGACACACAUAGGAGUCCAGGAUCCGUGAAAGGGUCAUCUCGGGUGCAAGGAGGAAAGGAAGAUGGUGGAGAAGACUAUUUGGUAAAGAGUGGGCAUCUGACCAAAAAAAAACAUAAAAUGGGAUCCUUCUGCUGUAUCCAGGAUGCAUUUCAAAUGGAUCGUAUAUUUAAAUAUAAUAAAAGGAAACCAUAAAAAGAAAAAAAAGGAAAUUCCUUUCCAGCCUUGGAAUGGGAAACACCUUUUUAAAUGUGACUCAAAAUCCAAGGUAAUCUACAUUAAGGAAACAAAACAACACAUCUUCACAUGGCCUUAGACAGGACCAGGGAGGUCCAGAGCAAUUCUGGAGAGCCCCAGACAGCGGCUCCGCUGCCUUUCUGGCCCUCUCUCCAUUCCUGAGGUGUUUGAAGCUCAAGCAGCAUCAAAUUGCUAGCGGUUCUUGAACUUGGAGAAAACAUGUUCUGCUCCUAUCACAGCAGAGUAAUGACCCUCUUGAUAUAGAAGAGCUCCCAGAAAUUGUUAAGAAAGACAGCACCCACAGGUAGUUCAAGAAUGUGAGCAGAGUGCAUGGAAAAAGAGAAGUAAAUGACUCUUUAGAAAAUAAGAAGACGUGCCACUUUAUUUCUGAUAAGAUAAAUGUGGUUUUAAAUAACACUAAGUACCUUUUUCACCUGCCAGGUUUAUAAAAUUAAUAAACUUUGAAACACACAGUUGGUAACUUCAGGAAGAGGCCAGCACUCCUGUGUUCCCUGGGGGAGUAUCGAGGGAUACAGCCCUUGAAGAGGGUAGUUUUGCAGUAUUGAUCAUUAUGAAAAAUGCAUGUAUGCAUUGAACCAAUAAUUUUACAUCUGGGAAUACAUACUCACACAAAGGCAAAAUGACUUAACAAGGUAUCACAUAGUGCAUUAUCGUUUGAAGUAGAACAUCCGAAACAACUUAUAGUCUACCAGGCUCUGCCUGGUUGAGUAACAUUUCAACAGUAAAAAUGAAUACGCCAAAGAUGCAUUGGUACACUAAAAACACAGGGUGUAACACCCACACAUACUGAACUCACACACAUCACACACACACACUUUUGUGUUAGAAAGGACAAUAAAUGCACAAAGAAACUAGGAAGACACACAGGAAACUCUUAAUGACCCUGGGCAGUGUAGGGUGCCAGAGGAGGGACAAGGCAUGGGUGCAUGGGGAGUGAGAGUUAUAGGGGGACUUUUCAAAGAGUAUUUUCUGGUUUUUUGACUUUUGGAUAAUAUUACUUAUUUCCCUAUACAGAAAUUACACUUAAAAAUAAGCAAGAAUUUGCCAAAAUGCCACUUGUUUAAUCGUGCGUUCCUUUACUUAGUUGUUGAUGGAGUUUUGUUGUUUUUUCUUGUCUUCUAUUGAGAUCACAGCUUUGUCAGAUUCUAAAGUUUGUUCAGUUGACUUCUGCCUUCCUCUAGCCUCCCACUUACUUCUCCUACACAAGAUCCCAAAUGUCAAGCUAUGAAUGUUAAAAAAAUCACACGCAUCACUACCCCUCGGAGUUAUCAGCUCCUUUUCUACGUCAUGCACAUAUUUGCGAAUGGAAAAAAAAUCCCUUCUAUUUAAUGUAAUUUCUGACUCUGCUUGUCGAUAGCUUCAGAGUUAAGAUAUGAACUAUUGUUUAAAUGGUUGGAGAGCUGCCCAGCCAGAUUCAUCUGGCAGAAAUAACUACAUUUUGGCAAGAAACCGAACGUCUUCGCUGAGGGAACAUGAGCUGUACGUUCGAGCCUUCUCAAGUUUGACAGAUGAAAAAGUGAAGGCGUAUCUUUCUCUUCACCCCCAGGUAUUAGAUGAGUUUGUGUCUGAAAGUGUCAGUGCAGAGACUGUGGAAAAAUGGCUGAAGAGGAAAAACAACAAAAUAGAAGAUGAAUCAGCUCCUAAAGAAGUCAGCAGGUACCAAGAUACAAAUAUGCAGGGAGUCGUGUAUGAGCUGAACAGCUAUAUUGAGCAGCGGUUGGACACGGGAGGAGAUAACCAGUUGCUCCUCUAUGAAUUGAGUAGCAUAAUCAAAAUAGCCACAAAAGCUGAUGGAUUUGCACUGUAUUUCCUUGGAGAGUGCAAUAAUAGUCUGUGUGUGUUCACACCACCUGGGAUAAAGGAAGGAAAACCCCGACUCAUCCCUGCUGGGCCCAUUACCCAGGGCACCACCAUCUCCGCUUAUGUGGCCAAGUCCAGGAAAACCCUGCUUGUAGAGGACAUCCUUGGGGAUGAACGAUUCCCAAGAGGUACUGGACUGGAAUCAGGGACUCGAAUCCAGUCUGUUCUCUGCUUGCCAAUUGUCACUGCGAUUGGCGAUUUGAUUGGUAUUCUUGAGCUCUAUCGGCACUGGGGCAAGGAAGCCUUCUGCCUCAGUCAUCAGGAGGUUGCAACAGCAAAUCUUGCCUGGGCUUCAGUAGCAAUACAUCAGGUGCAGGUGUGCAGAGGUCUUGCAAAACAGACUGAAUUGAAUGACUUUCUCCUCGAUGUAUCAAAAACAUAUUUUGAUAAUAUAGUCGCAAUAGAUUCUCUACUUGAACACAUCAUGAUAUAUGCAAAAAACCUGGUGAAUGCCGAUCGUUGUGCACUCUUCCAGGUAGACCAUAAGAACAAGGAAUUGUAUUCAGAUCUUUUUGAUAUUGGAGAGGAAAAGGAAGGAAAGCCUGUCUUCAAGAAGACCAAAGAGAUAAGAUUUUCAAUCGAGAAAGGAAUCGCUGGUCAAGUAGCAAGAACAGGGGAAGUCCUGAACAUUCCAGAUGCCUAUGCGGAUCCACGCUUCAACAGGGAGGUGGACUUGUACACAGGCUACACUACCCGCAACAUCCUGUGCAUGCCCAUCGUGAGCCGGGGGAGUGUGAUAGGCGUGGUGCAGAUGGUGAACAAAAUCAGCGGCAGUGCCUUCUCCAAGACCGACGAGAACAACUUCAAAAUGUUCGCUGUCUUCUGUGCUUUGGCCUUACACUGUGCUAAUAUGUAUCAUCGAAUCCGGCACUCAGAGUGCAUCUACCGGGUAACCAUGGAAAAGCUGUCCUACCACAGCAUUUGCACUGCUGAGGAGUGGCAAGGCCUCAUGCGCUUCAACCUCCCUAUGCGGCUCUGCAAAGAAAUUGAGCUGUUCCACUUUGACAUUGGUCCUUUCGAAAGCAUGUGGCCUGGGAUCUUUGUCUACAUGGUUCAUCGGUCCUGUGGGACGUCCUGCUUUGAGCUUGAAAAGUUGUGUCGUUUCAUUAUGUCUGUGAAGAAGAACUACCGACGGGUUCCUUACCACAACUGGAAGCAUGCGGUCACGGUAGCACACUGCAUGUAUGCCAUAUUGCAGAACAAUUACGGGCUCUUCACAGACCUCGAGCGUAAAGGACUGCUGAUCGCCUGUCUGUGUCAUGACCUGGACCACAGGGGCUUCAGUAACAGCUACCUGCAGAAGUUCGACCACCCGCUGGCAGCUCUCUACUCCACCUCUACCAUGGAGCAGCACCACUUCUCCCAGACAGUUUCCAUCCUGCAGUUGGAAGGGCACAAUAUCUUCUCCACCCUGAGCUCCAGUGAGUACGAGCAGGUGCUGGAGAUCAUCCGCAAAGCCAUCAUCGCCACUGACCUUGCCCUUUACUUUGGGAACAGGAAACAGUUGGAAGAGAUGUACCAGACUGGAUCUCUAAAUCUCCAUAAUCAGUCGCAUAGAGACCGUGUUAUUGGUUUGAUGAUGACUGCCUGUGAUCUUUGCUCUGUGACAAAACUGUGGCCAGUUACAAAAUUGACAGCAAAUGAUAUAUAUGCAGAAUUCUGGGCUGAGGGUGAUGAAAUGAAGAAAUUGGGAAUACAGCCAAUCCCUAUGAUGGACAGAGACAAGAAGGAUGAAGUCCCACAGGGGCAGCUUGGGUUCUACAAUGCCGUGGCCAUUCCCUGCUACACCACGCUGACCCAGAUCCUCCCCCCGACCGAGCCUCUGCUGAAAGCAUGCAGGGAUAACCUCAGUCAGUGGGAGAAGGUGAUCCGAGGGGAGGAGAGUGCCCAGUGGAUCUCAGCCUCGCCAGCGGCCCCAGAGACCUCUGAGAAGCCACCCGUGAAGACUGAUGGCUGACAGCAGGGCCAGUCGUCCCACCAGCGAGUCUCAUCUUGCUUCUUUGACUUUUUUCCUUUUAUUUUUGAGGGGGGAAAACCUACACCUGGUAGCUGGGGUGAAAACCUUGGAGAAGCUGACGUCAAGUGUGUGUGUGCGCGAGCAGACGACUUCCCAGGGUCUCAGCACACACACCCAGCCAGAGUGCAGCCAGCAGGGCCCAUGUUCAGAAGUCAGCUGGCCAGGACUCCCCAGCCCCCACCCGUCCUUUUCUAGCAGGCUGAUUUGCCCAGGCCUUACAAGAAAUGGACCAAGACUGCUCAGAGGGUGCUUUCCACGGCGUCUUUCUCUGAGGGUUUGACACGGUACUUUUGUGCUAUUCUACUUUGGCUCUCACACCAUUGUUGCUUUGGCGUCCUUGGCUAUAAAUAGGUUUUUACACUUUCCUAUUGUGAAUGUUCUUGUGUGACCUCCUUGGGGUUGACUUGAAUUGUAGCCCAGCGCCUCAGGACCAGUGUCAUGAAGAUCAGAGUCAGAAGUGAUGGAAAAGCCAACGCUCCACGUCUGCGGUGGAGGGCGGUGAGCUGGCUUCACACUAAGGGAAGCGGACGUCUGGCCUUUUGAGAAGAGCUGUAGGUGUGCACCCUGUCAGCCUCAGAACUUCAAGUCUCAGUUCAAACAAUGUCAAAGAGUUAAAAAAAAUUCCUCAUUGUAUUCUUGGAAAAUUUAUUGAAUCUUUGCAUAAAGAACAAAAUAAAAGCAAGGCAUAUAAAACUUUUAAUGAAUAAGUCUUGUGUGAAUGUAAAAUGUGAAUAUUUAAUAAUGAGUCCUUGAAAUUGUCACUUUGUCAUGGAAAAAGUUUAGACUCAUAUUCAAAAUGGAAGGUUCAUUCUAAAAGUUACUUCGCUAAAAGACCAUACAGUUCUCUUAAAAUCAAAUGGCACCUUGACGUUUUGAUGUUCCGUAGCUCACUUGAGUUUGCUGUCAUCCCUCCUGUUCUCUCUGCGCGCUGCCCAGUCCCCUCUCAGAGGCGUGCUGUGGGGGGCACAGCCAUGGGGAGGCACAGUGCCCUUGGACUGUCCCUUGUCUCUGUCCUGUUCUCUCCUCCCAGAUUAAACAUCCACAUCAAAACCAGUGACUUGGGUGGUUGCUCCUAUAUGAGUUUUUGGCAGACUAAUACCACUGAACAGGUUAGUGUCUAGAAGAGUCCAACAGCGCUCUCUGGAUCCUUCUGCAGACAUUAAAGAACAGGCAGUAUCAGGUCCUGCUAGUGCUUUAAAGAGUCUGAGCCCACCCACAGCACAGUGGUAUCUGAACCCCAGGGAAUCAGAGUCUUCAGGAAGUGACACCCAGUCCUUAGUGAGUAGCUCAUUCUCUAUUCUCGUGGCAGGAACAUGGAAUAUUACUUUAGAAAACAAAUUUUUAAAAAUAGGCUUAUGCAUACUCGAUACCAUACACAUCAUUCAUAUGAGCUUGAUGUUUGCAAAAUUAAAGCCUUUUCUACAACAUGGUUUAUUAUGUUGUAGCAGAGUUGACUGUACAUAACCACUGUUGUUAUUUUAGAUUAACACUAUGUGUUCAGUUUCCUUGUGGGCCUCUGAAGUUGCCAUCUUCUUUCCAUGGAGCUCCAUUUGCUAUUGUACUUAAGUAAUAGGAAGUAAAAUGUAAUAACUAAAGAGAGGAAUCCGACUGUGGCUAGAUCUACACACACAUACAUGCAUGCAUGUAGCAUGUGUGCACACACAGAUGUAUAUAUGAUGCACUCACAUAACACAUGAGACAGAAGCAAAGAUAGGGAGAAAGAGGCAAACGUGUAUGAAAAAUAAAAAUCAUCCUCAUUCUUUAAAAAGUGAUUUUUGUGUUGAGAAAUGUCUGUUGCUUGAUAAGUUUGACUGAAGUGUGAUUAUUCAAUGAGGAUAAAAUUCUAAAAAGUUGCAUAAGUUUCCUCAUAUGAGUUUAUUAAAUGAUCCCAUCAAAUACAACUUUCAUUAUGUAAAUGAAUUGAGUCAUCUAAUCUAAUUUGUAAGGUAAAUUUCAGGAGGGGGGUUAUCAUUUAAGAUUAUUGUUUAAUUAAAAGGAUUUUAAAGGCAUGCUGAAUCCUGAUUCUUAAUGGGGAAAACAACCACUGGGCGGGGAAUCUCAUGGCCGCUUUUACAUUUGAAGGUUGCUCUUCUGAUCUGAUCACAGGAAAUUCUUUUAAUUUGAUAUGGCCAAGGGUAUUGUAUUGUAUGACUCUACUUUGAACAGUUUUCCAAAGGAGAGUGUGUGGCUCUGCUGGGGGGGUCCAUUUCUUGUGAAAUCUUGUCAUAAUAGAACUGCAGCUUGAACAAAGUAAUAUAUGCUAUAACAUCAAGUGUUUCCAUCACUUUUGCCAUGUGUGAGAUUGUUUUAGGAAGCAUAGAUUGACCUAAAAAGAGCCUAGGAUGCACUGAUAUUUAGUUAACGAUUCGUUUUGGAAAACAUAUGGUCAGGAGCAUCUUUGCAUUUUGGCAAAUAUGUUUGGCAGACAAACUGUUUCUCGACUUUUUCCCAGAUCUUUUCUUAAAAGGGAAGUGUGAUACCAGAAGCCAGGCAGAGGUUUUAAUGCCAAAUUAAGGUGAUAUUUUAGAGUAGGCUGGAUUUUCCUUGAUAUAAAUUCAGUAAGCAGCUAUAACUAAUGUAGAAAGUCCAGUUUGUAGAAAUUUAUAUUGUUUAUGUUGAUUAGUAAUGGGUAAUGCAAUUAUUCCAUUAUCUUUCCAGACUUAGUGAGCAUUUUUUAAUGUAUGCCAACAACAACAUGAAGCAUCGAACCCUGUCAGUGGUAUAAAAUCCUACAAAAAUGCAAGCAUCUUAUUAAUUAGUAAUGAAUUAAUUAAUUAGGAAGACUAAAAGGGAAUGCAGUGGGUAUAAACAGCUAAUAAACAUGGCCUUUUUCCCAAGGCAGGGACACCUGUAUCUCAGGCCCCUGCUGUAGUUACUGCAAAGAUGAGUCUGAGAGACUGACCUGGGGAAAGAGCCCGCUGAGCCACCAGCCAGCAGGCUCCAUCUUGGCCCCUCCUCAUGGUGACCCUUACAGUGGCAUUCCAAGGGGUGCCUGCUCACAGCCAUGGAUGCAGGGUCCAUCUGAUCUGAAACUAGAUUUGUUCAGUGUAGGUUUCCUCUUUUUUAGCAUGUUUUAAAAUUUUGUUUUUCUAAUUUUGUACAGGACAUGCAGAGAUGCACAAAUCCCUAGAUACCUGGGUUUUUAGUUUGCCAUGUUGUGUUUCUGGUCUCUGAAUUCAAAGUCAAGGUUUGAGCUCUAACAGUACUAAAUUAUUCACCAUGCCUUGGCCUGUGCCUUGACUUUAAACACUGCAGUUUUAUUUACUUCCUCUCUCCUGGUCAUUAGUUUGCUUUUUCUUCUCCUCCUCCUCCUCCUCCUUCUUUCUUUUUCCUUAAAUAUAAUUGAAAACACUGAAAGGACCACAUCCCUGGUUAAUUUGAUCAAGUUGAGUGAACCAGGACCAUUCUCUCCUCAUCAGAUUCCUGUCCUUUCUUUGGCUUGCUUGACAUACACCCUGGUGACUGCAACCAAUGAACAGCUCAGAUUGUCUUUACUGAAAAAACCUAAGAACUAACACUGCGUCUGAUGUGGUUUUGUUGGCUUGCAGGUACCAGAGGCAUGAUUCAGAUUUUUGAAAAUCACUUCUCUAUAUAUUUCCAAUGUGUCUGCUUUCUACACUUAGAUUUUAUUUAGGUUGUAAUUCUCAAUGACUCUUCUUUUAGUCACUUUAGUGGAUCCCUUCUACUGCAAGUGUUGAUUUAUCAAUCACUGUACAACUUGAGUUGGCUGUGUAUGCUAAAGUCAGUUCCCCAUGCUUAGCAGCGCAUGGCUGUUAGAGUUGCACAUGUGUGUGAGUAUUAACCUGAUGCACAUUUUGCUCAAUUUUUUACGCAUUUAUACUAAGUUUAAAUUAGUGAUGCCCAGUGCAGUACAUGUUGUUUUUGUUGUCUUUAAAAAAUAAACAAACCAAAAACUGUA